AUGUUAUCAACCAGACCAAAGUUUUUAUAUCUCACCAAUAAGCAACUACAAACAAUAAGCAAAAGACUUAUAUCCUCCACUUCCAAAACAUCAGUCAAUUCUUCCAAGUUACUUAAUCUAUCAAAGACAUUUUUCAGAUCACUUCCCAAGACUGAACAACAGCAAUAUCUGAAACAGGGCAAGAAUGUGGCACUUGUAUCUGGCAUCAUAAUAGUUGGCUCGUAUAUUGCUUUCAAUCAAUCAAAUUAUUACAGCUUGGAUACCUUGCCACUGCUGCCUCCAUCAUCUCAAGCAGUAGGAGGAACAAGUGCAAUAACAGCAAAUGCGACUGCUAGUUCAUUUGCCAAACCUCCAAAAUUGUUGGAGGACAAGAAGCUAUUUUCCACUUCGACAUCAUCAAUGCAUCAAGAGAAUAGUAUCAGUCACCAACAGCACAAAGAAGGUAUUUUCUUGCUAAACGAUGAGCAGGUUGAUACGAAAUUACGUCAGUUUGAAGAAAGCUAUUUCAUCAAUCGAGGUAAAGGGGUCAUGAGGUAUGAUAUCUGCCAAUUGCCCUCAAACUCUCCCAUUGAAGAUGAUAGAGCUGAAGAGAUUAUUCAAGUACCAAUCUUGCAAGACAACAACAUCAAAACCACCACUGAUUGGCUCUUCUUUGGUGUGUUUGAUGGGCAUGGUGGCUGGACUACUAGUUCAAAGUUGAGAGAUGAAUUGAUUAAUUAUGUGAUUAAUGAGUUGGGUACAAUCUACAAGCCUGUUCAAGGAGAAGAGAAUCUUAGAUAUGUGCCAAAUAGUGCAACUAUUGAUCAAGCUAUAAAAAAUGGAUUUCUAAAAUUGGAUCAUGAAAUUGUCAAUAAAAAUAUUGAAAAAUUACUCACUGAUGGGAACAAAGCAAAAGCUGCUGAAUUAUUGAUGCCUGCGUUAUCUGGCUCCUGUGCAUUGUUGUCAUUCUACGACACGAACUCAAAAAUGCUUAAAGUGGCUGUAACAGGAGAUUCGAGAGCUAUUUUGGGUUCUUUCAAGGAUAAUCAUUGGACAGCUAGACAAUUGAGUAUUGAUCAAACAGGCUCAAAUCCAACGGAAGUGGCAAGAAUCAUCAGUGAACAUCCAGAUGAACCUAAAGUUAUUCGUAAUGGUCGAGUCUUGGGUAGUUUAGAACCAACCAGAGCAUUUGGUGAUUGUCGUUACAAACUCCCAGCUUCAAUACAAGAACGUAUAUACAAGCAGUUUUUUGGCAAGCGAUUACCCAAUCACUUAACAUCGCCGCCAUAUGUUACUGCUGAACCGGUGAUAACCACAACCAAAAUCAAUCCUGACAACAAUGAUUUUUUGGUGAUGGCCAGUGAUGGAUUGUAUGAAAUGUUAACCAAUGAGGAGAUUAUUGGUUUAGUAGUCAAAUGGAUGGAAAGAGAAAAGAUGGUCAAGCCACAAAAAUCAUUUUGGAAUUUCUUUGGUAAAGUUGGUGAAAACAAAUUACCAGAAGUGGAGGAUAUUACUAUGGAUAAGGCAAGCAAGAAACCUAUUAGGAAAUCAACUGGUGGUGGAAGCUUCUUGUUACAAGAUAACAACGUGUCAACUCAUUUAAUUCGUAAUGCGUUAUCCAAUGGUGGAUCAAAGGAACAAACCUCAAUGAUUAUAUCGAUUCCAAAUCCUGUAUCUAGAAGAUAUCGUGACGAUUUGACGGUGACGGUUGUAUUUUUUGGUAACAAUAUGAAUGAGGCAAAUGAAAAUGGUACAUUGGAGAUUAAUGCAAGUGCAACCGCUGGAGGUGCUGAUGCUUCAAAGCCUAAAUUAUAG